AUGUCACCCUCUGAUUUCCUGGAUAAGCUCAUGGGACGAACAUCAGGGUAUGACGCCCGAAUUCGACCCAACUUCAAAGGUCCACCUGUCAACGUGACGUGCAACAUCUUCAUCAAUAGCUUUGGAUCCGUCACCGAGACCACCAUGGACUACCGGGUGAACGUCUUCCUGCGGCAGCAGUGGAACGACCCCCGCCUGGCUUACCGCGAGUACCCCGACGACUCCCUUGACCUCGACCCCUCCAUGCUCGACUCCAUCUGGAAGCCAGACUUGUUCUUUGCCAACGAGAAAGGGGCCAAUUUCCAUGAGGUCACCACUGACAACAAGCUGCUGCGCAUCUUCAAGAAUGGCAAUGUGCUCUACAGCAUUAGGCUGACGCUGAUCCUGUCCUGCCCCAUGGACCUCAAGAACUUCCCCAUGGACAUCCAGACAUGCACCAUGCAGCUGGAGAGCUUUGGCUACACCAUGAACGAUCUCAUCUUCGAGUGGCUAGAGGAGCAGGAGGCCGUGCAGGUGGCAGAGGGCUUGACACUCCCACAGUUCAUCCUCAGGGAUGAGAAGGACCUGGGCUAUUGCACCAAGUACUACAACACAGGAAAGUUCACCUGCAUUGAGGUGAAGUUCCACCUGGAGAGGCAGAUGGGUUACUACCUGAUCCAGAUGUACAUCCCCAGCCUACUCAUCGUCAUCCUCUCCUGGGUCUCCUUCUGGAUCAACAUGGAUGCGGCGCCAGCCCGAGUGGGCUUGGGCAUCACCACUGUGCUCACCAUGACCACGCAGAGCGCCGGCUCCCGUGCUUCCCUGCCCAAGGUCUCCUACGUGAAGGCCAUUGACAUCUGGAUGGCUGUGUGCCUGCUCUUCGUCUUUGCCGCCUUGUUGGAGUAUGCAGCUGUCAACUUCGUCUCCCGCCAGCAUAAGGAGUUCAUGCGCCUGCGCCGCCGCCAGCGACGGCAGAGGAUGGAGGAAGAGCUUGUCCGUGACAGCCGCUUCUACUUAGCCAGCGCACUGCUGCGAGAAGGGGAGAACCUCCGCAGGCGCUACCUCGACCGGGCCAAGCGCAUCGACACCAUCUCCCGAGCUGUCUUCCCCUUCACCUUCCUGGUCUUCAAUAUCUUCUACUGGGUCGUUUACAAAGUGCUGCGCUCAGAGGACAUCCACCUGGUGCCCUGA